AUGUCAUCAGCUUCAACAACAAAUCAACAGGUGCGCAAACCACUUGUGGAUCGGUUUUCGUAUCUAUUACGGAAAUGUUCAUCAUCAACAUCAACAACAACAAAAGCUUUUCCGAUUAUUAAUCGUAGAACAUUAAUUGGUUCUGGCAUUGCAGCAAAUCUACGUAUUCGUGAUCCAGCAAAUGUUGAUAUGAUUCAAGCAGAAAUUUAUCAAUUUCAUGAUCCAAAUACUGGUGAAAAAUCAAAUGAAUUGAAACCAAUUAGCAUGACGAAACCGACAUUUGUGAAUGAUCAGGAAAUAUUUGGUGAUACUUUGUUGAAACAUAUGGAUCGAAUUACAUUUGGAACCACCACCACCACAGCAACAGAGAUGAAAAGACACGAUUUUAUAUUUGAAAUACAUAAAAUUCAACAUUCAACAACAUCAACAUCAACACCAAGAACAACAGCAACAAUGAAAUCACCAUCAUCAUCAUCAUCAACGUCGUUGAUAUCGUUGAACAAAAGUUUGACAAGAAAUGGAACAAAAUCCAAAAUGAUCCAAAAACAACAACAACAAAAGCUUGAAUUACGUGUUGAAACAUUACGAAAAAAUCAUUUGGUGGCUACAACAUCGUUGAAAGCCUCAGAAAUCGUCAAUAUGAAACAACAACAACAACAACAUAGGCCAAAACAGUUAUCAUUAAAUGAAAAUUUAACAACAAAUAGCAGUAAUCAACAAGUGACAAAUAAUGCUAUGAAUAAUGAUGAUAAAUGGCAAUAUCAUGACGAUCAACAAGUUCAAGAACAGCAACAACAAUCAUCAUUGAUGAUGGAUCAAUCAUCGAAAACAAUGUUGUCAUCAUUCAAUGAACGAUUCUAUUCAGAAUCAAUGCCAUCAAUAUUUGUAAUGGCAACACCAUCAUCGAUAAUAUCAACACCAUUUUCACAGCAUAACAAAAGAAAAUGGUCUACUACUACUACUACUACUGCUGGACAUUUCGAUAUCGAUCCCAGUGAUGAUAAUGAAACACCAAAGAAAUCUGAUCAAUGCAACAAUAAUAGAUUAUUACCAAUGUCAUUGUUAACAUUGAAUUUAAAUUUAACACCAACAACAAUUGAUCACGAACGAAAAACGAAUUUAACGACAUUCAAACAACAACAACAACAACAGCAACGAAUUCGAAUAAUGGAUCAAACAGGCGUUUUAGGUUUGGGACAAAAACAACGUGAAAUUGUUGUAAAAGCACAUGAAACUAAUGAUGGAAUUUUUGAAAUUCAGAUCAAUGAUGUUAUUGAUGAACGAAUAACAAAGCCAUCAUUUCCAUCAACAUCAACGAUUGAUAAUAAACAACAGCACGAACAGGACAAUAGUAACAAUGUUAUUAUUAACAACGACGAUGAUGAAGAAGAUCCAAAGACAAUCAAGACAUUAGAAACGAAAUCAAUCGAAUCGUUGAUCGAGAAUGAAUGUCAGUCGCCUAUUAUAACAGCAGAAAAUUGUCAUCGCCGUCGCAGUAGUAAUAGUUUUCAAUUACAAAUCGAACCAAUUGAAGAAAUUGAUACACAACCAUCGACGAAUGAUGAUGAUGAUGAGCAGCAACAACAAACAUCUGAAUCGAUUGAUUUGUAUGAAAAUGAAGAAGAAAAAGAAGUUGAUGAUGAAGAGGAUGACCAAAAAUUAGAACCAAGAAUUGAAAUUGUUCAAGAUUCACAAAAUUCAUUUGAUUCUGAAACUGAAGAAGAAGAUGAAGAGCAACAAGUAGUAGAAGAAUUUUAUAGAAAACGUUCGAAAAGUCUUGAUUUGAUAACAACAACAACAACAACAAACAUGUAUAAUGAACUUGUCUCAUUUCAUCAACAUCAAAAUGAUGACAAAUUAAAUGUUAUGAUGAGUACUAAAUCAUGUUCCUCGUUGUCCUCUUCAUCGUUAUAUUCCUCUUCCAUCACCACCACCACCACCACCUCUUUUCAUUCAUCAAUAUUGCCUUCCUCAUCCGAUACUAAUGAUGAUGAUGAUCCAAAAACACCUGUAGCUGAUUAUGUCACCUAUGUGGAUCAAUUAGUUGAAAUGUUCGAUAUUAGUAAUGAAUGUGAACAACAACAAUCACCACAGCAACUGCUGCAACAACAUCCGGAUUACGAAUGCACUAGCGAUGAUGAUAAUGCAGAUACUGAUGGUGAUGAUUAUCACAAAGAUAAUGGUACUGGUGGUAAUAAUCGUGAUAAAAAAGUAAAAGUCUCAGCAGCUAAAAAAAAGAUUAUUAAAAAACGUAAGAAUAAUAUUGGAGAAGAAAAACAACCGCAAGAAAAAACGAUUCAAAAAUAUAAUCUUCGAAAACGUGUUGUUAAUACGAAAAUAUUCGAUUCAAAACUAGCUAGUCAAAUCAAAUCUUUAUCUUUAUUAGUUAAAACUACAUUGGAAACAUCAUCACCAGCAAAAAAAGAAUCAUCUAGUCAGGCUAAAGAUGUUGAAAUAUGUGUUUGUGUGUAUUAG